UGGCCGUCAAACAGCAGGCAUCCCACAUUAUGUGAACUUGUCUCUUCUCUGAGAGCUGUAUUUUUGUGUUUCCGCUGCCACUUAGCAGAUGUGAUGUGAUGUCAGAUAAGCGUCAGCGUGCCAGAGUCCAGGGCUCCUGGGCCAAACAGCUGCCAAAACACACAGGACCAACAGGUGCAGUUCCAAACAACCAUCAACCCACAAAUGUCAACCCAGCUCCUAGUUCCUGGGGAUUUGGGCCACAGAAGACAUCUAAGACAUUUGAGUUUCAUCAGCCCUCUAAGCCAAUCAGAGAUGUUCCACCAGAGAAGGAUAUAGAACAUGCGGGUGAUUUUGAGAUCAGCCAUGGACCGUCAGGAGUGUCCAGACUGCGGCUGCUGCCUGGGUUUCUCCCCCCGGAGGAGGCUGACUGGAUGUUCAGUAAGCUGUUAGCAGAGCUUCCCUGGUCCCAGAAGACCAACUACAGACAGGGGGAGGCAUAUGAGGAGCCCAGGCUAACCUGCUGGUAUGGGGAGUUGCCUUAUACCUACGCUCGCUCCACCAUGGCUGCUAACUCACAGUGGCAUCCGUUGCUGUUAACCCUUCGUGAGGCAGUGGAGCAGGCGAGUGGAUGCAGAUUCAACUCCCUGCUGUGUAACUUGUAUCGGGACGGCCAUGACAGCAUUGGUUGGCACAGUGACGAUGAGGCUUCCUUGGGUGACAAACCCACCAUCGCUUCCAUCAGUCUGGGGGAUACCAGAGUGUUCAGCCUUCGCAAGCAGCCUCCACCGGAGGAGAGCGGUGACUACACCUACGUGGAGCGGAUUCGGGUUCCUCUGAGUCACGGGACACUUCUGCUGAUGGAAGGAGCCACACAGGACGAUUGGCAGCAUCAAGUGGCUAAAGAGUACCAUGACCGAGGCCCUCGCAUCAACUUGACCUUUAGGACAAUCUACCCAGAGCCGGAGGGCCACAGGCCAGGGACCAAGCUUCGCUUCACUGCCAAGCAACAGUAAACUCCCCUCAGAGUCAGGUACUUAAGGUUUAGGAAACACUGUGUCAGCAUUUCAAACACCGAUCCAGUCAGUGCUGGAUCUGAUGGCUGGAGUGUGAAUGAGGCUUAAGAUAAUAAACGAUGGAGAGGUUUUGCCAAACGUCAUCGCCGUUCUCAGUGAGCUGGCGAGCAAUUUCAACUGUUUGAGGCAAAUCUUGCAAACACAUCGAGUUACAGAGCAUAGUGUGAACAACAGCCUCCUCCAACUUAAACAGGGAGAUUUGUAGCUCUGCCUGAAUUCACCUGUUGCAUAAGUGAACCAUAAUAACACCUGAGUCGUGACCAGUGGUGAUAAUCAGAUAUCAGUGUUUUCAGAGAAGCUGAGCAGAAGAAUGGGUGAUAAUGAGGGUUUAAGGCUUGAUCAAAUGUCAGCUCUGAAUAUUUAUUCAUUCAGCACAGACAGUUGUUUCAUUUCAGACAGAAAUAUGAUAAAAUUGAUAAAACCAUGACUGACUUGCCACACUGCUUUUGUUGCCAACAGUAAAAGUUUGGUUUUUACUGGGAAGCUCACAGUCACUUAGAUUGAAGUUUUUGGUUUUGUUUUGGUUUGGGUUUUCUGUCACCACUUUUUGUGACUGUGAAUUUAAAGAAACUUUGGUCUUGUGGUUUUAGAUAUGUAUGCACAUCAAUAUUCACAUGUCAUGAAAAGUGUCUUUAAGAAAGGCAGUGUCCCGAGAGCUCACUGUAUAGCAAGUCACUCUUGAUGUGACUGUUGGUGAAAUGCCGUAAAAUGUAAAGGAUUUCCUGCCCCGUUUGUCCAGGGGAGCUUUUGUUAAGAGCUGAGCUGCUAUAAAAAGAGAAGGAACAAGUUGAAUAGCCACUCAGGCCAAUUACAGCUCCAUCAGCACUAGAAUUAGUUAAUUGUCUUGUUGGACAAGGUUUGACCAGUUCCUCAAAGAAGUAGUAGAAGUUUUUUAAAGCCUCUGAUAUAUAAUGAACCUGAAUCAUUAAAGUUCAGUUUGGAGAUAAAGGAUGCAUACUUAUCUGUUUUUGUCAACAUGGUUGCAUUUCCAACUGCAAGAUAAAAUAUAUAAUUGAAGAUGGGGAGACAGUACAGUACUGCAGAGGCAAGAUUACUUGCAUCCCCAUUCUAAUUUGCAAGUUGCUUUUUUUUUUGAUUGAAUGAGUUGUGAAACAGCUGUUGUUUUUGUUUUGUUUGAAAUGACUGAAGGAACAUUUAAUUAGUAUAAAGUGGUAAAUGGUCAGUCAGAACUGUCCCUUUAUACUUUGUAUAUUGUAGUUUUUGACACUAAUCAGUCCCGUAUGUUGACUGACAUCAGACUGACUGAGCCACCUGCACCUGUUUCAAGGUGGCUCUACUUCUAAAAUUUUCAUUAGAAAAUCAUUAGCUUUUUAAUGGCUUCUGGAAAAUAUCACCUUGUAGACACAGAAUUUGUGAUGUUGCUUGUUUUAUCUUUCUCUUAAAAUUAUGGCAAACUUGGUCAAAAAUGGAAAAGGAAACAGAAAAAUCCCACAGACAUAAGACAAUAAAGGAAACAGGUAAAAAGGGAACAGUUGUUGAUGACACUAAUAGAAAAGUUAUCAACCCAAUGAGCCAUAAUGUGGAGUGAAGAUAUUGAGUUUCAAGUAGAUUUAAGGAACUGAAUCCACACAUGCCUCAAUCUGGGAAAUGUUCUGUGUUGGUUUUGUUCAGACAUGAUGUAACAAAUAGGACAACAAUAUCCGAACAACUGGCAGAUUAGCAGAGAAACUUUAUAUGGAAAAACAGCUUUUGGUUCCAACAUGACAUUGACAUUUAGAAAAAAGGAAGUAUAUGUCUCAAGGGGCGAGAGAGACUACAUUAACAGCCCACAUGAUUGUGUUUAUUUUGUUACACUAAAGAGAUGCAUGUGUUCUCGAUCGCUGUUGGUCUGAAAUA